GGAAGGGGCAGUGUGGCCUCUCCGGCCUGAAGGGGACUUUGUGUGUUGGGGGUGGAUUACAGGGGCUUCUCUCCAGGCCCGAGUCCGUGUGGUCUUCCCUUUUCCCCCCACCCAGGGAGCCCCCAGCAUGACCCUGAGAACAGGCAGGGUCAGGCCCCCUUCCCCUCUGCCCUCCCUCCAGCGGAGCCUGGGGGCUGUCCCGCCUCCGGGCUCAGCCUGGGCCGUGUGCUGGCAGGAGCUGGAAGCCAUCAGACUGAAGCUGUGGGCCAUGGAGGAGGCCCAGCGACCGGAGCCGCCCGGGGAGCAGGGCCCAGAGGGGGAAGAGGAAGACGCCAGGGCCCUGCUGGCCGGGCAGCUGCAGAGCCCCGAGACGGACAGCCCCACGGAGGUGGUGGAGGCCGAUCACAGAUCCGUCUACGUGGGCAAUGUGGACUACGGGGGCACAGCCCAGGAGCUGGAGGCCUAUUUCAACCACUGCGGGGAGAUCCAGCGGGUCACCAUCCUGUGCGACAAGUUCUCCGGACACCCCAAGGGGUCGGUUGGGGCUUCGGGGAGGGGCCGGGCGCCCGGGGGGCGGGGACACCUCUGCGUGGGUGAGGGUGGCCCUCACCUGCCUCUGCCCUGCCCCAGCUAUGCAUACAUAGAGUUUGCCACCGAGAGCUCGGCCCAGGCCGCUGUGGAGCUGGACAAGAGCGUCUUCCGAGGCCGGGUCAUCAAGGUGCUGCCCAAAAGAACCAAUUUACCAGGGAUCAGCUCCACGGACCGCGGGGGCCUUCGGGGACACCCAGGCGCCAGGGGGGGACCCUUCCCCCACAGCAACUUCCAGGGCGGGGCCCGUUUCAGACCACGGGGGCGGAACCGGUGGGCCGGGCCCUGGGAGGGCGGGAUCCUAUUGGAGCGGGGCCCGGUGGGCGGGGCCCUGUUGGGCCUGGCUGGGUCCGGUGAGCGGAGCCCUGGAGGCCGCUCGCCCCCUGGCCUCUCUCCGGGCAGGGGGCGCGGAAGAUUCUCGCCGUGGUAUUCACCGUAUUGAAGGGAGGGCCCGAUUUUGAGAGUGGGGCUGCCACUGGGUCAGGAGUAGACAGCUGUGCUCCUCGUGCGACCAUUUACUCCGCGCAGAAUAACUAUCUGUCCCCCUUCCCUCGGCGGGAGGACAGCCCAGACCCCACGGCCGAAGCCACCGGUCGCGAAGCAGGGCACGGGGUGGACCUGGCACGCGGGCUAGUUGGGGCUUUGGAGGGGACCGGGCAAAGCUGCGGGCAGGUGAGGCCCAGGCAGCGUCGGGUCAGCUUCGGGGCGGCAUACUCAGGACUGUUCCACUAACGCCUUUUACAGAAAAGUAGAAAUGUGUGUCUUACUGGUAAAGCAUAAAUUAUUAAACUUGAAUAUUUUUUAAAAGCACCUGGCAACAGACCGCCCCGCUUUGUUCGCCUCACCUGGACGCUGUUUCCUCGGUGCACACUGUGCAGAGAAGGCGGGGGAUGGGCUGCGGCUGUGGAUCCCAGACCCAGCUCUACCCCCUUCACUCCCGGCAGCCAAGCGUUAG